CUUUGUUUUCAUUGAUUUGAAACAUGGCGUCGGAAGGAGAGGCGGGCAGCACUGCUACAACCGAACCGGAGACCGGAGACGGGGAUGCUGCAUUUGGAGAACUUCCCACCAGCAUGGACACCGAAUCAUCAAACGGGAAAGAGGGAAUGGAAACGGCGGGCGAAGGCUCCGAGGCCGCCGAUGCUCUGACUGGAUCGGGAGACGAGGAGAGCGGGAGGCAGCUGGGGGAGGUGGAGCUGCAGUGUGCUCUGUGCAUGAAGUGGUUCACUGCAGAUACGUUUGGCAUCGACACCGCGACGUGUCUCCCCUUCAUGACUAAUUAUGUGUUCCACUGCAACGUGUGUCAUCACAGCGGCAACACAUACUUCCUCAGGAAACAAGCUAACCUGAAGGAGAUGUGUCUCACGGCUCUGGCUAACCUGACGUGGCGCUCCAGAACACAAGACGAGCACCCAAAGACGAUGUUCUCCAAAGACAAGGACAUCAUACCGUUCAUCGACAAGUACUGGGAGUGCAUGACGACUCGGCAGAGACCCGGGAAGCUCACCUGGCCCAACAACAUCGUGAAGACGAUGAGCAAAGAGCGCGACGUGUUCCUGGUGAAGGAGCACCCUGACCCCGGCAGUAAAGACCCAGAAGAGGAGUACCCAAAGUUCGGCCUCCUGGACCAGGACCUGGGAACCAUCGGGCCGUCCUACGACACUCAGAAACAGACGACGGCUGCUCCCACUGCGGGCGGCCUGAACGGUGGAUCUUCCUUCUCAGGCGCUCUGGCUCCCGGUCCAGGAAAAGGAAGAGGGGCCAAACGUAAACAGCAGCAGCAGCAGGAGGGCGCUGCAGCGGGGGCCACAAAGAGAACCAGAAGUGACCCCCUGUUCUCGGCUCAGCGCCUGCCCCCUCACGGUUACCCCCUGGAGCACCCCUUCAACAAAGACGGGUACCGUUACAUCCUGGCAGAGCCGGACCCUCACGCUCCAGACCCCGAGAAGCUGGAGCUGGACUGCUGGGCCGGGAAACCGAUCCCCGGUGAUCUGUACCGCGCCUGCCUGUACGAGAGGGUGCUGCUCGCCCUGCACGACAGAGCGCCUCAGCUGAAGAUCUCAGACGACCGCCUGACGGUGACCGGGGAGAAGGGGUACUCCAUGGUGCGAGCGUCGCACGGCGUGAGGAAGGGUUCCUGGUACUUUGAGGUCUCUGUUGACGACAUGCCGCCUGAAACCGCAGCCAGACUCGGCUGGUCUCAGCCGCUCGGUAACCUUCAGGCCCCGCUGGGUUACGACAAGUUCAGCUACUCGUGGCGCAGCAAGAAGGGAACGCGCUUCCACCAGUCGAUAGGAAAACAUUACUCCUCCGGCUACGGUCAGGGAGACACGCUGGGCUUCUUCAUCGAGCUGCCCGACGCCACGGAGACCAAGGCUCUGCCCGAUACCUACAAGGACAAGGCGCUGAUCAAGUUUAAGAGCUACCUGUACUUUGAGGAGAAGGAUUACGUGGACAAAGCAGAGAAAAGUCUCAAAGUGAUGCCGCCCAGCAGGAUGAUAUUCUUUAAAAACGGAGUGAGCCAAGGUGUCGCCUACGAGAACCUCUUUGAAGGCCUCUACUUCCCCGCCAUCUCACUCUACAAGAGCUGCCAGGUGUCGGUGAACUUCGGGCCACAUUUCAAACACCCUCCGAAGGACCUGAAGUACCAGCCGAUGAGCGACAUGGGCUGGGGCGCCGUGAUCGAGCACACGCUGGCUGACAUGCUGUACCACGUGGAGACGGACGUGGACGGACGACGCAGCCCGCCGUGGGAGGGAUAAAACACGGCCUGUUAAAUCCAGUAAGCUCACAAACAACCACCCGCCGUCAGAAUACGAUUCCACCUUCAGAUCGAUUAAAAAACAUCAAAGCACCGCUCAACAUCGGUCACCUGUAGCGCCAACAAACUGUGCCUGAUUCAGACGAGAGGAAACGCUGUGCUUCAUUUUAUCGUUUUUUUUUUGGAGUUUAAACGAGUUUCAACAUAAUCAUCGGGGUUUUUUUCUAAGUGUCUGACAUCAUCAUCAUCAUCCCGACAGAGAGAGCUUUAUGAUGAAGAGGAAGAUGAUCAUUUGAAACCAGAAACAGUGAAAACAUCCCCGUCAAGUCAGUGGAGAAAAACAUGAAUUUGAGCUUUGAGGGAAAAAGGAGUUGCUUGUCUUCUUCUCUUUGAGUCAAAAAGACAAACUAAACGAGGCCCCCUAAAUCUGUUCUAAAUUGGCCUGAAAUCGUUCAGCAUACACCGAGCUUAAUGCUGUCAGACACUUAGAAUAACAACCUGAGACUGUCCAAAAACAACAACUUUCUGUGGACGCACUUUGAGUGGGCAUUAUUUCCCUGAAAGGUUGUUGCAGCCAUUAAAGUCUUUCUUUCAUGAAGAAAUCUCCAGAAACAACGCCCAAACCUUUCUCACCUUCUCGACAUUUAAAAUCCCCAAAACUGUCUAAUUAGUUCACAGGUUUUAAGUUCUCCUCAUGCGUGCCAUCGGCUCACAUUCCUGACUGAAAAUCAAUCAAGGGAAUCAAGUUUUUUUUUUUUUUACGGUGCUCCGCUUUGAUGUGUGUACGUUCAGUUACUGCAGCUCGACAGUGCGUCACUCAGGAGCGUUGAUCCUGCACUCUUUAGUGUUUUUCAGUCUGUUUCUUAUUUUGUGUGUUUUACAUCAUGUGUUAGUUAUUAACUGUUUUAUACUCUGGGUUAAAUAAUAAAAACGCUUCAUGAACAAAGUGAAACUUA